GUAUGUUCCUUGUUCUAUAUUGGACAGAUUGCAAAAAUGGAGAUUAUGGAAGAUGGCAAUUUAGUAGAUCGUGUUAGAAUUUUAUUGCAACGAGACAUGCAGUAUUAUCAGGAAAUGCAAACAGUAUUGAAAGAGCCCUUAUGCACACGUGUAUGUGGUGGAAAACUUGAUUUUCCAAGGCACGCUUCAUUUGCUGCUAUUAAGAUCGUGAUGUGGUGGGAAGUUGACUUUCAAGCUGCUUUUAAUCGUCAUUCUGGCUUAACAAAGUCAUCUGAACACGAAACUGAUGCAAGUACCGAAAUUGAGGGUGAAGUUAUUAAAAAGAUUCAACCUUCCGAAUUUAUAUUACUCGUCGUCGAUACUGCAGAACAUUUAUUAGAACACUUGCAUCUACUUAUUCAAGAAUCAUUAGAUCAUGCAGAUUUAACAGUUUUAACAGCAACUUUGGGAGCAGCUGCAUUAAUACGAAAUUGCUUAUGGUGCUACAGCCAACAAACUAAAAAUUUAAUUUCUCCGCAAGCAAGCGAGAAAAUAAACAAGUCCUAUAAAUCUUAUCAUGAAAUGGCUGAGGCUGUUGCAGAAAGAUUAUUAGACUUGCACUGUCGUUUAAUUUCACUAUACAUACUUAACGAAGCUGAUUCUCUUAGUUGGCAUGAUAUGAAGGCAUUCUUUGAACGAGAACGUUGUUCCUUUGUGAUACAAAUGUGGUGGUUAUAUAUGCAAGCGACAAAGGCAGAUUUAUGGAACACUGUCUCUCCAAAAAUGGCACAACGAGUUUUUUCUGGAAUGUUGAACGAGUCUUUAUCCAUUAUUGUGACAAGAUUUAUCGACGCACGACCGAGUUUAUCACGAUCUCAACAAUUUUGGACGGAUGCUUUCAACGUUCUCUGUUGCACGGGAUAUCUUGCAUUGAACGCUUGUGUUAGUGUCAGUGAGAUGAUUGGACUGAAAUUAAACACAUUACCGGUUGCCGUUAGGGAUAUCCAUACGAAAUGUAACGAGCUGUUGGUUUGCUUAUUAUUGAGAGGAACACCUGUUCAAGAAAUAUACCAGGUUUUUCGUGACGGAUUCGAAAAUUUAACAAUUUUCCAGCCACGCUGCGGACCUGCAACGUGGCUGUUAAUGUGCGCGCCAAAUUUAUUGGGUUCUAUUGAUUCCGACGUUCACAUUUCAAAUUUGCCUGAUGAUCGAGCAGUGAUUUUAGAAUUGAACAUACUUAGACAUCAACCGCAACCGAAUUGGCCCCAGUUAAUAAAGGUCAUCUCUAUGAAUGAUUACGCAGUAGCCAAAAUUUUAUUAGAUACUUUAAUCCACGAUUGCAGUUAUUUUACUUCUGAGGAUUAUUUUGAUAAUUUAGAGCAAUUGAGAGUUGACGGAAAGAAUUGCGGCGGUUUUCUUUGCAACAAUAUGACAUGUUAUGGAACGUUAAAAAUAACAUCAGCGUUGAGUCUUUAUAGUUUAAUGCUUAUUUUGACAUCUAUAGCGCAGGAACCUGGUCACGUUAUUGCGCCAGCCUUGAGGCAAAACCAUAAUUGGUCUAAUUAUCUUGAUCGGCAACAGGUUUGGAAUCAAUCGAGGCCACCAUGGCUGAAUGCAAUUUUAAAGCCAUUAAGCAAUACGAUGGAGCCAAUUAUCGAAAUACUUUUGGAAGCAGUAAAAACAGGAGCUAGUAUAUAUCAGACAAUGUCGCUGGUAAUUGGCUGUUUCGCUGAAUUAUACGUGACCUUACCCCCUUCAAUUUUGAAGACUGCAUUCGUAUUGAACGAUAAUAUUCCUGCCCAUUGUCAUCCAAUCGGUGGUAACGUUCUCCUCCAUAUUCUUUGUGCAUCUCUUUAUACCGCCCUUCUGAACUUUUCGAAGAAUUGCAAACCAGAGGUGGCCGAAACUCCAGCUUCCGAUGGAUCUAAUAACGGGUCAAACUUGUUCAAUUCCAACGAUGCCGCAACAAUCGUAAUUGCCUUGGCUGAAGCUAUCUGUAGCAUCGACGAAGACAAUAAACACACCUCUCAAAUUGACGACUUUUUCCAACGCGUGAAGGAAUACAUUCAAACAACGGGUACAAAAUCGCGCAUUGAUGAAGCGACGUGUACGUCUUCCAUUAUCGAAACGACCACCGACGAGUUAUUGUUUACCAAGUUUGGCCGACAGGCCGUAAAAGUGACACAUGAAUUUUUAAUUCGCUCAUCCGAUCUAGUAUUGAAUAAACUACGACAUAAAGACGCUCAAGAACGUUUAAUUAACGUACCCGAGGUUUGCAAUCUUUGCAAACCAUUAACUUACAUAAUGUUUCACAUCGAGGAUACCACGUUCGAUCAGUUCCUCAUUCAAUAUGAAAAGACAAAUUGGAGAAAAGCUUUAACAAUGCCAUUUUCCAUCACGGUGGAACGUGCACGAAGUCAAAUAUUGUUGCGAUCAGAAUUCAGGAACGUAGCGGAAUUGACGUACGAAGACAGAGAAGCAAUGAAUUCCAUUAAAAAGAUUUGCUCUUCUAUAAAAACGACACACUUCAAAUAGUACAGUUCUGUUUUACGAACAUUUCUAAAAAAAAAAAAAGAAAAACUAUAAUCCAUGCACAAAUGGAAACAGUUUUAUGAUUAAGAAUAAUGUUGAUAGACUACAUAACAAGAUUUAACCACUUCGUAUUCUCCACUACUAGCAGUCGUCGCUAAUAACCACGUCAAACCUGUUGAUGCGAUGUUAGAUCUACAAAAAAAGAAAAAACUUGCACGUAUUGUAUGGAAAUUCUAAUGUAUUUAAAAAUAAAAACUAUUUUAUUCUGA